UUCUCUAUUUUCUCUAUAUCUGCCGAUGAUCCACUUAUUUCUUCGGAUCAUUUAGAUUUUUUGGCUGGAAAUUCAGUCCAUUCUUCUUCUUUCUUUCCUUCGUUCCGUCAUAUAAUUCUUUUAAAAUCCGUACCAUUCUCUCAACUAGUUUUCCUUUCCAUUUCCAAUUGUUCUUAGUCUCUCACACUUGAAUUUCAUACUUCCGUUUCUCCAUUAGCAGAACAAGAGGGAUAAUUUUUUAUAGCUCCCUCUGUUUCCUGCACAUUAUUUUCUACUCUCUCCGUGCUCGUAUCCGGCGAGAAAGUCACCGGAAAAUAUGGAAAGAAGCGCAGAUACAGGCACUCCACUGUCUUUCAUGAGUGGCAUCGACAUCCGCUCAUCUCUAUCGGAACUCUUACUCUCGGGUGGAACAAACCCAUUGGACUCAAUCUUCUCUAAUUUCCCGAUUUCAAACGCUGUGACCAGUCAAGCACAAGAGCCAUUAGGUUCCUCUGUCUAUCUUCGCCAGAAGGAGCAGCUGCAAAAGUUCAGCGACGAAAGCAGGGCUAAUGGCGCAAUUGGUCGAACAGCAUUGUCCUUUCCCUUUCCUGAUCCGAGGAUUCAAAAUUGUGCAUUUACAGGUACUAGCCUGUGUUCAUAUAGGAAGAAGCUCUACAGAGGAGUGAGGCAAAGGCACUGGGGCAAAUGGGUUGCAGAGAUUAGACUCCCUCAGAACAGGAUGAGGAUCUGGUUGGGAACACACGAUACUGCCGAAGCAGCGGCGUAUGCCUACGAUCGCGCUGCGUAUAAAAUACGCGGCAAGUACGCUCGUUUGAAUUUCCCUAACCUCAGAGACGACGGGGUUAAGUUUGGAUUUCCAGACUCUGCCAAGCUAAGUGCUUUGAGGUCCUCAGUUGAUGCCAAAAUUCAGGCCAUCUAUCAGAAGCUAAGGAAAAAGAAAUCCAGUAAAGAUGGUGAAGCCCGUGAAAGAAGCAAUCGUGAUGAUGGUGAAGAGGCUGAGAAGAGAAGAAAGAUAGACUCAUCGACUUCGCCAUUGUCGUCUUCAUCGUCAUACGUUCCUGGUGAGAAAUGGUGCGAAGAAAUGUUCUCACCAUCUAAUUCUGAAGAGUAUGUUUCAAGGAGUGUCAAGUCAUCGUCUUUUGUUUCCACGGAUGAUCCUCCAGUGGUUGCAGAGGAGGAGGGCUUGGAAUUUGAAGGUGGUUAUUCUCUUGCGAGGUUGCCCUCGUUUGAUCCAGAAUUGAUCUGGGAAGUUCUAGCUACUUGAUAACAAAAAUAGAGAAGAUCUGUUCUGGGUAAUUUGAGAGUUAUACGUAGUUUUUAAGA